AUGAGAUUGACGAGAGGCCAUUUUCAAGCUUUCAUUGGCUGUAGCGAACGAGCUAUAUCCACUUCUUCUGAAACCUUUUUGAAAACCCCUAAUCUUGAAAAAACUUUCUUCAAAUCCCAAAACAGUGAAGAUAAUCUCGUUAAAAGACUAUGCCGAGAAAACAAACAUGAAGAAGCUAUAAUUAAUCUAUGUGAACGACACCGUUUAACAGAAGCAAUUCAAGUACUUGAUCAUAUGAAACCUCCUUCUCCAUUAGUGUAUUCUAACCUUCUUAAGCUUUGUCUUCAACAGAGAGCCGUCGAAGCCACCAAAAGAGUCUACUCCCACAUAAAAAGAUCCGGUUUUUUCCCGGGGGCAUCGAAUUUAAAUCGAAUUAUAGACUGCUACUGUAAAUGUGGUAGUCUUGUGGAUGCACGUAUAGUGUUCGACGAAAUGCAAGAGAAGGAUGUGUGUUCUUGGAAUACUAUGGUAUCAGGGUAUGCAAAAGCUGGACGGCUAAAAGAUGCUCGUAACCUGUUCGAUGAAAUGCCUGAAAGAGACAAUUUUUCUUGGAAUGCAAUAAUUUCAGGAUAUGUUCGCCAUGAUCUUCCCAACGAUGCAUUACAGCUGUGUAGAACAAUGCUGCAAGACUAUAAUGUCAAGCUCAACAAGUUCACAGUUUGUAGUGCGCUUGCAGCUUCGUCAGCAACUCAAAGCUUAAUCAUUGGAAAGGAAAUCCAUGGUCAUAUUAUGCGUACAGGUAUAGAUUCUGAUGCAGCUGUUUGGAGUGCUUUAUCAGAUAUGUAUGGGAAUUGUGGGAGUUUGGAUGAAGCUAGACACAUAUUUGACAAAACUUCAGAUAGAGACGUUGUUACAUGGACAUCAAUGAUUGAUCGGUAUUUCAAACAUGGGAAAAGGGAACAAGGGUUCCUCUUGUUUUCAGAUUUGUUAAAAUCUGGGAACAAACCUAACGACUUCACAUUUGCAGGGAUAUUAGAUGCUUGUGCACAUCAUAACACAGAAAGUUUAGGCAAACAAAUACAUGGGUAUAUGACACGCAUUGGUUUUAACCAAUCUUCUUUUGCAGCAAGUGCCCUUGUUCAUAUGUACUGCAAAUGUGGGAACAUGGAGGUUGCAGAUAAGGUCUUUAAGUGGAUACCAAAACCAGAUUUAGCUUCAUGGACUUCUUUGAUCAACGGGUAUGCCCAAAAUGGGAAACCUCAAGAAGCUUUGAAGCUAUUCGAUUCAUUACUUGAUACUGGAAUUAAACCUGAUCACAUCACCUUUGUUGGGGUUCUUUCGGCUUGUACGCAUUCAGUCGAUCUGGGAGGUUUAUAG